AUGUCCAAGGUGGCUAAGUACCGGCGGCAGGUGAGCGAGGACCCCGACAUCGACAGCCUGCUGUCCACUCUGUCUCCCGAGGAGAUGGAGGAGCUAGAGAAGGAACUGGACGUGGUGGACCCGGAUGGAAGUAUCCCUGUAGGGCUGCUGCAGCGGAGCCAGACAGAGAAAGCACCCACCGGCGCCUACAACAGGGAGGCCAUGCUCCACUUCUGCGAGAAGGAGACCAAGAAACUGUUGCAGAGGGAGAUGUCGGUGGAUGAAAGCAAGCAAGUGGGGACCCAGCCAGAUGCCAAGAAUGGAGAGGACAGGGGCAAAGACUCCAGCAAGAGAACUCUGGGUCCCCGGCGGGACUCAGAUCUGGGGAAAGAGCCAAGAAGGGGAGUCUUGAAGAAAAGCUUCUCCAGAGACAAAGAGGAGGCUGCUGGCAAGGGCUGGGAAAAGCCCAAGGAGGAGAAGAUCAUCCGGGGCAUUGACAAGGGCCGAGUAAGGGCUGCGGUGGACAGGAAAGAGGGGGGCAAAGAGGGCACCGGGGAGGAGAGGGCUACUACUGCCAGGAAGGAAGAAGAGCAGAAAGUGGGGAAGAGGAGCACCGACUUGAGCAGAGACAAGGACAAAAAGAGAGAAGAGACGAGGGGGCUAAUCAGGAAGGAGGACUCGGAGAAGGCACCAGGGAACUGCAAGGGGGCAGAUCCCGGGGAGCAGGGCGAGAAGGCGAGAGGCAGCAGUGGGAGCCCAGAGGUGAAGGAGGAGGAUGAGAAGGUAAAGAGAGAGCCUGGGAGCUCAGAUGCGAUCAAGGAGGUGGAGAACGUCAAAAAGGACGAGCCCCUCAAAGCCCAAAAUGAGAUCCAGGCCAAGCCUGCUGCAGAGAAGCCGGUGCCAGCACCCCUGGUCCCUGCCAAGGCACAGGAGGAGGAGGCGGCUCCCAGCAUCUUCGACGAGCCGCUGGAGCGGGUGAAGAACAACGACCCCACCAUGACCGAGGUGAACGUCAACAACUCGGACUGCAUCACCAACGAGAUCCUGGUGCGCUUCACCGAGGCCCUGGAGUUCAACACGGUGGUGAAGGUGUUCGCCUUGGCCAACACGCGGGCCGACGACCACGUGGCCUUCGCCAUCGCCAUCAUGCUCAAGGCCAACAAGACCAUCACCAGCCUCAACCUGGACUCCAACCACAUCACGGGCAAAGGCAUCCUGGCCAUCUUCCGGGCGCUGCUGCAGAACAACACGCUGACCGAGCUGCGCUUCCACAACCAGCGGCACAUCUGCGGCGGCAAGACGGAGAUGGAGAUCGCCAAGCUGCUCAAGGACAACUGCACGCUGCUCAAGCUGGGCUACCACUUCGAGCUGGCCGGGCCGCGCAUGACCGUGACCAACCUGCUCAGCCGCAACAUGGACAAGCAGCGGCAGCGGCGCCUGCAGGAGCAGCGGCAAGCGCAGGAGGCAGGUGGCAAGAAGGAUCUGCUGGAGGUGCCCAAGGCGGGGACCCUGGCCAAGGGCUCCCCCAGACCCUCCCCACAACCUUCCCCCAAGGCCUCUCCCAAGAACUUGCCCAAGCAAGGGGGUGCCCCGGCCGCUCCACCCCCGCCCCCACCCCCCUUGGCCCCACCGCUGAUCAUGGAGAACCUGAAGAAUUCCCUGUCACCCGCCACUCAGAGGAAGAUGGGGGACAGAGUCUUGCCGGCCCAGGAGAAGAACUCGCGUGACCAGCUGCUGGCUGCCAUCCGCUCCAGCAACCUUAAGCAGCUCAAGAAGGUGGAAGUGCCCAAACUACUCCAGUAG